UCAGCUCCGCCGCCGGCGGCGGCGGCGGCGGCGGCAGGCAUGGCGCGCCGUGUCACCACCCUUACCCGCGCCCGCACCCGCGCCCGCGGCGGCGGCGUCCCCAGCGCGCAGGGUGGUACGACCCAAGACCUAGGGCGCGCGGGGGGCAGUGGCACCGAGGGCGCACGCCACGUGCUCGACGAAUUGCCGCUACGGGGCUGGGGCGCCUCGAUCUACAGCUUCAACCGCACCCUCACCGACGUCGCGCGUGACAGCCCAGCCGCAGCAGUUUCGCUCUUCAACCGCAUGGCCCGAGCCGGCGCCGACGAGGUAACUCCCGACUUGUGCACCUACAGCAUUCUCAUCGGUUGCUGCUGCCGCGCGGGCCGCUUGGACCUCGGUUUCGCGGCCUUGGGCAAUGUCAUUAAGAAGGGAUUUAGAGUGGAAGCCAUCACCUUCGCUCCUCUGCUCAAGGGCCUCUGUGCCGACAAGAGGACGAGCGACGCAAUGGACAUAGUGCUCCGCAGAAUGACCGAGCUCAGCUGCAUGCCAGAUGUUUUCUCCUGCACCAUUCUUCUCAAGGGUCUGUGUGAUGAGAACAGAAGCCAAGAAGCUCUCGAGCUGCUGCACAUGAUGGCUGAUGAUCGAGGAGGAGGUAGCCCACCUGAUGUGGUGUCGUAUACCACUGUCAUCAAUGGCUUCUUCAAAGAGGGGGAUUCAGACAAAGCUUACAGUACAUACCAUGAAAUGCUUGAUCGGAGGAUUUCACCAAAUGUUGUGACCUACAGCUCUAUUAUUGCUGCGUUAUGCAAGGCUCAAGCUAUGGACAAAGCCAUGGAGGUACUUAACACCAUGGUUAAGAAUGGUGUCAUGCCUGAUUGCAUGACAUAUAAUAGUAUUCUGCAUGGAUAUUGCUCUUCAGGGCAGCCAAAAGAGGCUAUUGGAACACUCAAAAAGAUGCGCAGUGAUGGCGUCGAACCAAAUGUUGUUACUUAUAGAUCACUGAUGAAUUAUCUUUGCAAGAAUGGAAGAUGCACCGAAGCUAGAAAGAUUUUCGAUUCUAUGACCAAGAGGGGCCUAGAGCCUGAUAUUGCUACCUAUCGUACCCUGCUUCAGGGGUAUGCUACCAAAGGAGCCCUUGUUGAGAUGCAUGCUCUCUUGGAUUUGAUGGUACGAAAUGGUAUCCAACCGGAUCAUCAUGUAUUCAACAUUCUAAUAUGUGCAUACGCUAAACAAGAGAAAGUAGAUCAGGCAAUGCUUGUAUUCAGCAAAAUGAGGCAGCAUGGAUUGAAUCCGAAUGUAGUGUGCUAUGGAACAGUUAUAGAUGUACUUUGCAAGUCAGGCAGUGUAGAUGAUGCUAUGCUUUAUUUUGAGCAGAUGAUCGAUGAAGGACUAACCCCUAACAUUAUACUUUCUGUUUCCUCAGUCUUAUUCUAAAAAUAAUUUAUACUUUCUGUUUCCUGUUAGUGAUGGCUAUAACCAUUAGAUGGCUUUUUACAAAUUUAGAUGAUAAUUAUCAUUGUUCAAUUUAUUGCUGAAAUUCUUAUCUGUAUGCAUCAUUGUUAACACAGCGACAACCAGGAAAUUAGUUCUUCUUGAGCUAAUCAUUUCCCUCCCUAGUUCUGUCAUACCUGUGCGGCUAUAUUACUGUCAGCUGCUUAUGAUGGCUGCAAAGCUAUUUCUUUUGUAGGAUCCUGAGUUCUACAAGUAUUUGGAGAAGUGAGAUAAAGAGCUCUUGGGAUUUGACGAUGAUGACUUUGAUGUAACACAAAACUAUUUAAUUAAUUAUUUUUCAUUUUUCUGGUGUCUUCCCUGCUGCUUGAUAUGCUGGAAAUGGAAGAACUUGGAGGGAAACCAGAUGCUGUAGGCAAAGCUGUGAAUCUGUUCAGUGUUAAACAGGUAGAUAAGAAAACAGUGAAGACGCGUGCCUUUCAGGAAGCAUGCAUCUUUUCCGCGGUUGAUGAGUUGGGCUAAGCAUUUGGCCCAAUGGAGAGAGAUCAAAGAUCUUAUCCAUCAGAUUGAUAUCAGAAAUUAAUGGGAGGAUGGUGGUGUGCUUGCAAGGCUGGACGUUUGCUACCAGAGGAGUGUCCUGUAAUACAAGGCAUGCAGUUCAGUGUCCUGUAAUAGGAGUGAAUCGGUGUAAUUUCUGAAGAAAUUACGCGUUUGCUUCCCUCUGAUUUCGCGUUGGGGGGCAACAUGGCUUUGCGCCUGAAGAUUAGUAGUAUUAGGGUAACAGAUUGUUGAGCUAAUAUUUGGUGCCGCAUCGGAGAAACUGAAUAGUAUAUGUUGUUAACAGAGAGGCUCAUAGCUGAUAUGUGCUCUUGAUUGUGUGCUCAGUUUAAUUACUGUCAAAUUUAACGAGAGUAAAUUCAUCCCAUCA